UCUUACAAGUCACUUGAGGAGGGAUUAUGUUUGAUAUUUACUUAUGUUUGAUGAGGAUGUCAGUCAUUUCGAUCUUGAAACAGGUGCAUGCUGGCGAGUGAAAUGUGCUCGGGAUUUCACGCGUGUGCACGGUGUACCUUGCCAGUGUAACUUGAGUUUGUUUUGUAUGUUAUACGUCUCUCUGCUGAGCAUCAGAUCAGUGAGACGGGACGGGUCGUAUAUGUCGGUACAUACAGUACUACACUCUGGAGCCCAAAAGCAAAUGCACUACAGGGGCAAUAACAGCAGAAGACGCGCAGCACCUUAGGGCUGCUGUUUCCAUUGAAUGCAGUGACCAGCAACGCGUGAGGAUUGAUCAGACACGACCCCGCCUGGAGCUGUGUGAGAGCGCAGGGCACCGAGGUGAAAGCUGAAACGCCCAGUCCGGGGCGCCGAGACCGUGUUUCCGCUGUCCCGCCAGCCGCCGCCAUGAGCGACAGCGACGACGACCCGCCGCGGCUGUCCAGCCAGGCCCUGGCGGCGCUGCAGGGGUUCUACCAGGAGGAGCAGAGACUGGCCAGCGCGCCCGCCGGCGGCCUCUCCGUGGGGGCUGUGCAGGAGGACUGGCGCAUGAGCCAGUUCUGGUACAGCGAGGAGACGGCCGCGCGGCUGGCCGAGGAGCUGCUGUCUGCUGUGGGGGGCAGGGGCAGAAUUGCCUGUGUCAGCGCGCCCAGUGUGUACCAGAAGCUGAAGCAGCAGAGAGGUGAGGAGGUGUCUGUGGUCCUGCUGGAGUUCGACAGGCGCUUCUCCGUCUACGGGCAGGACUUUGUGUUCUAUGAUUACAGCAACCCCCUGGACCUGCCUGAGGACAUGGGGGUGCAGAGCUUUGACAUUGUGAUAGCCGACCCUCCUUACCUGUCUGAGGAGUGCCUCAGCAAGGUGGCCCUCACCGUCAAAUUCCUCACCCGGGGGAAAGUCCUCUUGUGCACCGGUGCGAUCAUGGAGGAACAAGCAGAAAAACUCCUGGGUGUCAAGAUGUGCAAGUUCCUUCCCAAACACAACCGCAGCUUAGCCAACGAGUUCCGAUGCUAUGUGAACUAUGACUCUGGUCUGGACCUGUGAUUUCGGCUGGACUGCUUUGCUCCUGGCUGCCUUCUUCCCUGCCAACGCCUGAAGGUUUCACCUGCUCCGCUGUUUCAUGGAAAGUAGGAACAGGUUUCGGAGCCAGAUGUAAUUGCCUCCACUUUGUCCGUUUCGCUCGGUUUCUUGUCUUUCUUGGCGUUUGCUUCCUCGCUGACGUGUGGGAGUGCAGCGUUGUCUCUCAGGCAGUUCCACACGGUGUCCGCCAGCAGGGCUGCAGACCUUCGCUCUCGGCUGGUUCCCCCGUGACAAACUGAAGUGUGUCUGGAGCCACAGAGCAGUAACCUCUGGCCGAGCGCUUUGGGUGGAUUAGUGCUCCAUGGCCUUUGCCGUCCUGGUGAGACACUCUGCCAGCUUGCAGCAGCUCAUAUUGUCAAGAGGGUCAAAGACUGGUCCAGGGGCGUCACUCUCUGCCUUUCUACAGGGUAAUGCACACCGCUGGGAAGAAUAUAUUCAGGAAUGUUCCCCAGAUAAGAAGUUUUAUAUUUUACAGUUUAAUACAAAAAAAUGACAGUUAGAACUUAGUGAUGUGUUAGAGGAUGUUUUAGUUUCUAGUGCAUUUUUCACUCUGUUUCAACCAGCUGGGAUUGUAUUUUGCCAGACUAAAAAUAGUGGUUAAAUACUCCACUGUACUAAGAGAAACGAGCAAAUGAAGGGAAUAAUCGUGCCUUUAGCUGUAGAAUUCUUGCACACAUUAAAAAUGGCUGUACCCUAUUUGUACAUGCCCAGGAAAACCUUUUUAAACCUAAAUUGAGGCAGGAUCAGACCUACGUGCGGUCAAGUGUGAUGAGCAGUGCAGGUUAAAUGAUGACUUUAAUACAGUGUUUGCAUUUGCCUUUCAUUUGUAAGCUACUAGUCAUGUAUGCAAAGUACAAAUUCCUUGUAUUUUAUUUCUCUUUAAUAUUUCUAGUUUGCUGUUUGCUUUAAAAUUUUGUAUAAUUCUUCAUUUUGAAAAAAAUAUCCCUUUAAGUUUUUAUGUCUUAAUUUGAUUGUGGUUUAAUGUUUCUUUAUUACGGGAAAUAUACAAAUUAAAUUAAGUCUGUUAAGUCUGAAAAGACUUAAUACAGUGUCACACUGCAGAAGGGUCAUUGCUCUGCUCUGUGAAAACUAGUCUCUGUGUCUCUUUCCCUUUCACCUGGAGUCACACGCAUGGAUGUACUGUAUGCUCUCUUUCUUUGUAUACCUUCUCAAUCUUAAGCGAUGCUGUGUUUGCCAGCUGUCUGUCUUGGACCUUGUAGGAAAGAGAGAAUUGAUACAAAGCUUGUGUAUAAAAGUUACACCUAUGAUUAUUAUUAAAUAUUAUAAAUUA